CAAGAUAUCAAUAUUGUUAAGGGUGGUUCCAACGGCAUCACCCGCGUUUUAACUCAGAUGACCGUUACAACGUAUUUAUUCGGAAUAUGGUAGAAAAGAAAUCACCGAACAGCGCAGAUUAAACAAAAAAAGAAGGAAGGAAGAGAGGGGAAAAAAGGAGAGAGACAAAGUUGAGUUUGGGAGAUCCAUGGUUGGUUUAGUGAUAAUUCGAGAGCUUUCCAAUUGAAGAAGAAGAAAUGUUGGCGCUGCCGCCCCUCUCUAUUCUCUUCCUGAGCUAUGAAUUUUGAGGCAAUUACAAGAGCUUUACGCCAUUGUGGGCGAGUUCUUGCCAUCGGCCAUGGAAAAUCACUCCAUGCCCAACUGAUAAAACAAGGAUUUUGUAGAGAUGUCUUCGUUGCAAAUAAUAUAGCGGCUAUGUACGCUGAUCUCAACUUAUACGAUGCUGCGCAGAGGUUGUUCGAUGAAAUGCCCGAGAGAAAUGUGGUCUCAUGGACUACCUCAAUUUCAGCACAUAUCCGUGCCGGCAAUCCUGCUGAGGCAUUGAGAGUCUUUUCCUGGAUGCUGGGUAAUGAGACGGAAGAACCCAACAGCUUCACGUUUUCUGCCGCUCUGAAGGCUUGCAGUAUGGUUGGGAAUCUCGAAUUGGGUAAGUGGAUCCAUGAGCAAGUUUUGAGAGCUGGGCUGCAGUCUGAUGCUGUUUUGAUGAAUGCUGUUCUUGAUAUGUACUUAAAAUGUGGGAGCUUGAAUGAUGCUCGAAGAGUUUUUGAUUGGUUUUCUUCAGUUAACUCUACUUCAUGGAAUACAAUAAUUGCUGGCUAUUCUCGAGAAGGCAAUAUGGUUGAGGCAGAGGCCCUAUUCCUUCAGGUUCCUGAACCUAAUGCUGUCUCAUAUAACACCAUGAUUGCUGGAUUUGCACAAUUAGAGAGUCCGAAAGCAUUAGAUUAUGUUAGCAUGAUGCAUAAAGAGGGCUUUAAACUUGAUCAUUUCACCUUUCCUUGUGCUCUCAAGACCUGUGGCAGCCUAAGAUUUGAAAAAAUGGGACAACAGAUUCAUACCUACAUAGUCAAGUGUGGUUACAAACCAAGCCUUUUUGUUGGGUCAUCACUCAUUGACAUGUAUGCAAACUGUGGUCAGAUGAUUGAUUUUAUAAAGGUAUAUGAUGAAUACUCAAGCUACAAAGGGUUCAAUUAUGAACGACUACCACUACUGAAUUCAAUGCUUUCUGGAUUUGCUAUCAAUAGAUAUCACAGGCAGGCGCUUGAUCUUGUUUCGGAGAUCCACAGAAUGGGCAUUGGACUUGAUGCCUUUACUCUUUCGAGUGCCUUAAGGGUUUGUAUUAACCUGCGGAAUCUGAGAAUCGGGCUUCAAGUCCAUGGUUUGAUAGUCACUAAUGGAUGUCACACAGAUCAUGUUGUUGGCAGUGUUCUUGUUGAUCUUUAUGCCAAAUGUGGAUAUCUGGAAGAUGCAUUGAGAUUGUUUCAUGGGCUUCCUCACAAGGAUGUAAUUGCAUGGGCUGGACUAAUUGCUGAUUGUGUUCAACAUGGGUCAAAUUAUUUAGCAUUUUCUUUAUUCAAAGAUACGAUGAGUACAAAAAUUGAAGCAGAUCAUUUUAUUGUCUCAAGUGUUCUUAAAGCUUGUUCGGUUCUAGCAUGGGCUCUAGGUGGUAAACAGGUUCAUGCUUACAGCAUCAAGGGAGGGUUUGAUUCAGAAAGCAUCACUAGUGCUUCUUUAAUUGAUAUGUACUCAAAAUGUGGGAAUAUUGAUGAUGGACUUAGAGUGUUUGAGUCUGCAGCAGAGAAGGAUACUAUUUGCUGGACAGGAAUGAUCUUGGGAUGUGGGUACAAUGGUAGAGCAACAGAAGCAAUUGAGCUCUUUGAAAAGAUGUUGAAAUCAGGGGUGGAACCCAAUGGGAUCACUAUACUGGGUGUUCUUUCCGCUUGUAGACAUGCUGGAUUGGUUGAGGAGGCAUCCAGGUUUUUCAAGGCCAUGAGAGAGAGGCAUGGACUAGAGCCAAGUUUAGAGCAUUAUUGUUGCAUGGUAGAUAUUCUUAGCCGAGCUGGAUGUGUUGAAGAGGCCAAGCAGCUGAUCUCUAGUAUGCCUUAUGAAACUGAUGACGUGAUACAUAACUCAUUGCUCGGGGCUUGUUUGAUCGAUCAGAAUAACCUUGCAAAACUUACUUCACUAGAUUUGCUUCCAUCAUCAUCUCAUGAUACAUCCGGGAAUGUUACCCUGUCAAAUAUUUUUGCGAGCCUGGGCAUGUGGGAUGCUUCAGCUAAGUUUAAAGAGGCAAUAAAAAGAGUUGACAUAAAAGAAGCAGGAAGAAGCUGGAUUGAAGUUAGGUUUUAAAGGUAUCUUGCUAUGCUUGCUAUAUCCUAUUUUAUGGAUGACAUUCCCCAAUUGGUGGAAGUAAUUAACAGCCAAAUAGCUUUGCCAUCAGGGAUAAUGCUUUCCCCAAAUUUCUUAUGAGGCACAAAUGUUAUCAGGAAGUGACAGAAAAGAGCUUUUAUUGGAAGAAAAUAAAUCUACCCCACUCAAGUAUUUUUGGAGUAUAAUUUGAGGGAUUUUUGAUCUGGUGGGUUAGUUGAACCUGACAUGAGGCUAUGGAAGUUUGAACAUAAAAGGGAAUGACCAUUUGAUACCAGAAUAGAGUUGUGUGAAAAAUCUGAUAGGCACCAGCCAAAUGAACAUGUGAAAUAUUUUCUUCCAAAUUGGUUAAAGUUGGUGUUUAUUGCUUGAGAUUCACUAAAUGAAGGGAGGUUAUGAACACUCGAGGUCCAUGUUUCUGAAUUUGUGAGCAAGCCACACCAAACAUCAGAUCAUGAUAUGCCCUUGGGAAGGAGUUUUCUUUUGUGCAAUCUCAUGGUGUUCAUAUAUCUGGGUUCACAAUGGAAAUUUCACGGGCCAAGCUUGUACAAGUCAAAAGGCAAGGUAGUUCUUUGUGGUAUUCAUACAUAGUUAAAGAGACGUUGGAAAUGAUCUAAAUUUAUGUAUGCUAUCACUUAUCUCGUGUAUGAUACAAGAGUCCAAUUAUCAUUUACAAACCUAGGACAUCCAUUUUCUGAAGUAAAUAAAAUGCACCGGUUGUCAUCUUCUUCCUUUAAAGGUUGCUGUGAUAUUAUAGCAGCAUCUCCCAACUGGUCGGGCUCUUCUUGGCAUGGGUAGAGCUAAUGGAUGCAUUACCCCAAAGAAAAGGAUGGCAUUUACUAGGCCUCCACCAGAUCAAACUUGGUCUCUCACAUGGUUGUCUGUGUUAUCUUCCCUUUUCUUUUGGAUAAGAUUGAGCCAUCAUUUCUUAGUUUAUGGUUGAUGUUUGAUUCAGUUAAUUUACAUACCAUGCUUUAUCAUUUUGAUCUGAGUUCAUUAGUUCCAUCAUUAGAGAUAUCAUCUAGUAUUGUCUAUUCUGAGAGCUAAAUGCGUAUAGUAUUAAUAAAUAUUAGUUUUAUAAUUUCAAAUUAUUCAGUGUAUUAGGUGUUGAGAUCUUUGUAUCUGUUAUUGUAAUGGAUUCCAUAUGUGAUUCAUUACAAAUCCAUAUAUGUUCAAAUGUAAAUGUACACAAUCAACAUCUAGUUCUCUUGCAUCACUUGAAUGGAGAUUAGAACUAAAUGACAACUGAAUCACAUUGAUUAUUGAGGAAUAAUGAAUCAAUUCUAGCUUACAAAAACACUAGUCUGUUAUAUACUUUAACUGCUGCUAGUGAAUCAUGAUCACUUCCACAGAUAAGGUACUUCAUGCCUCUUCAUUAUUCUUAACAUCAAGGCAUUUACUUAUUCUGUAUUUCAUGCACCAUGUCUUGGCAGUACUUCAUUUCUUUGCAUUCUUUCAGAAUUUGAAUCAUUGGUGUACUUGAGAAUGCUUUCUGAGGAGUCAGUUUCAUCACUUUCAUACGGUAGUACGACCACAGGGGCAGCAUGAACAGAUGCCCAACGCUCCUGUAUAAAGCUCCUAAAUUUCAAUACCAUUUCCCUUCGGAAAUCUAGCUCCCUUGUGAAGAUA